AUGGCAUACACAGCGCCAGAGAUCUACGACGGAAUGCUCUUCAACACACGCUCCGAUGUCUACUCGCUCGGUGUCAUCAUGUGGGAGUUGGCGCAGCGUUGCAUCACCGGCAACUAUCAACGUCCGUUCCACGACUAUCCGAUAUCGAUGGACAUUCAGAUCAUCAUCAUGACCUCAAAGAACAAGGUGCGACCCAAACUCAUCGAGUCUUGUCCCGAGCCAAUCAAAUCGCUUAUCAGCCAGUGCUGGGACCAGGAUCCAACCGUGCGACCCAACACCUCGCAAAUCCUUGCCGAACUUCACACCAUCAAGAAACAUUACGAAGAGAAUCGCGACGAAUGGGAGUUGAUCAGAACGAAAACAUCUAAACCACUGGCAUCCACCACCAGUCCAACAAGUACAGCCACCAAAGUCAUUACAACAACACCUUCAGCAACAGCAACAUCAACAACAACAACAACACAACAACAACAACAACAAUCAACAACCACAUCUACAGAUCAACAGCAACAAAUAUCACCACCAUCUUUAGAACAAUCAAAUAAUAAUAAUAAUAAUAAUAACAAUAAUAUAGAUAAUAAUAGUAGUAUUAAUAAUAAUGAAAUUUUAAAAGUAGAUAAUAGUAAUUGUAAUAAUAUUAAUUGUAAUAAUAAUGCUUUGGAUAAUAAUAGUAAUAAUAGUAUAGAAUCAAAAGAAAAUUUUGUAAAUCAAACACCUACACAAACACCUACACAAACACCUACACCUUUAAACACAACAACACCAACACCACCACCAACAACAACAAAUAACUAUGUAGAAAAUAACUGUAUAGAUAAUAAUAGUUUUCACAAUGAAGCAAUUGCUCCAUUGAAUGUAUCUACGUCAAUAGUCUGUAAAGUCAUUGAUGAGAAUAAUUAUAAUAAUGAUGUAAAGAAUCAAUCACCAAUACAAAUACAAUCACAACAAGAACAACAACAACAACAGGAAACUCAGUCAAAUGAAUCUUCACCACAAGAACAAUCACAACCAUUGGAGACAACAUCAACAACAACACAACAACCAACUUUGAAUUCAUUGUCACAGAUAGAUGUUGUCAUCAGCAGUGCCAACGUAGAUCAACAGACUUUAUCAUCGAGUUGA